UUGUCGCACCACUGAAAAUGCGGAGGUCACUCCUGUUUCUAAGCGUUGUCACCUUGUUCGUUUACUCAGCAUUCGCUGAUGUACCCGAUUACCACUCGUCUCAUGCGGAGAUUCAAAAACUCGCGAGAGACAUUCUUCGUGAUAGGAUGAGAGGACGCCGCAACGGUGGUCAAAUCUCUGGCAGAUCCAUAGAUGAAAAUGACAAAAUUUCAGCUUUCUCUUCUGCGGCAGCUAAAGAAGCUUAUAGAAAGAAAAAGGCCGAAGAGAGGGACAAAUUGCUUGCUGAAAUAGCUGCAGCGAACCAGGAAGCAGACAAGCUCGCUCAACAAGCGCAUCAAAAAGACAAAGAACUAGAACAACUCUUGAGUUCACUGGCCAGUCAGCAUUCUGGCCUAUUUAACCCAUUGGCACCCCAGCGACCUGAGAAUAAUGAAGUAGAUACUAAUACAGACACUCAGGCAGGCAAAGCACCAGGAACAGACGAUUCUGAAGAAGAAUCAGAACAGAAUGAGCCACAAUCUGCAGAUCCUGUAUAGGGUUCUCAAAUUAAGGAGAUCGACACGUCAAAUACCACCAGUAGACGUAGCAUCUGUAAUUCUUUCACGAAUAUUUGACGAAAAUUCCAUGUAAAAUAAAUUUUAGAUUUGACCCCAA